AUGGCCCAAGUUAUCGUCGUCGGAGGUGGUCUCGCAGGUCUCUCCGCUGCACACACUCUUCUUGAGCGCGGCGCCAAUGUCUUGCUUCUCGACAAGCAAGGUUUCAUGGGUGGCAACUCUACCAAGGCCACUUCCGGUAUCAACGGUGCUGGAACCAACACCCAGAAGGAUCUGAAUAUUCCUGAUUCAGCCAAGAUCUUCUUCGAGGAUACUAAGAAAUCCGCUCGCGACCUUGCUCGUGACGAUCUCAUUCACGUCCUCACUGGCCGCUCUGGUGAUGCCGUCAACUGGCUGCAGAGCAAGUUCGGUCUCGACCUGUCCAAAGUCUCCCGUCUCGGUGGCCACAGCCAACCCCGCACACAUCGUGGAGAUGCCCAGUUCCCCGGAAUGGUUAUCACAUAUGCUCAAAUGGAGCGUCUUGAAGAUCUCGCCGUCAGCGACCCUGAGCGAGUGAAGAUCAUCAAGAAGGCCCGUGUCACGAAGCUCGUCAAGGACGAGUCUGGUGCUGUUGUUGGUGUCGAGUACCAGCACGCUGGCAAGACCGAGAGCGCUUACGGUCCCGUUAUCCUUGCUACCGGAGGAUACGCUGCCGAUUUCUCAGAAGACUCGCUUCUCAAGAAGCAUCGUCCUGAGUACUACAACCUCCCCACCACCAACGGAGACCACUGCACUGGUGAUGGACAGAAGAUUGCCAUGGCUAUUGGUGCUAGCGCCAUUGACCUCGAGAAGGUUCAAGUUCACCCUACUGGAUUGGUCGACCCCAAAGACCCCCAAGCUCAGGUCAAAUUCUUGGCUGCUGAGGCUCUCCGUGGUGUUGGUGGUCUUCUCCUCGACAACACUGGCAAGCGUUUCGUUGAUGAGCUCCAACAUCGUGACUACGUCACUGGCAAAAUCUGGGAGAACGGCAAGUACCCCAUCCGCCUUGUUCUCAACGGCUCUGCCUCGAAGGAAAUUGAAUGGCACUGCAAGCACUACGUUGGUCGUGGCCUCAUGAAGCGUUUCGAUUCUGGUGAAGCUCUCGCCAAGGAGUUUGGUCUCUCUCCCGACGUUCUCAAGAAGACGUUCGAGGACUACAACCAGAGCGUGCGCACCAAGAAAGACCCCUUCGGCAAGAAGUUCUUCCAAGGUGAAUGGAAAUUCGACGACUUCUUCCACGUCGCCAUCAUGACUCCCGUUCUCCACUACACCAUGGGUGGUCUCGAGAUCGACCCUGAAUCCCGCGUCAUCGACAAGAGUGGCAAGCCCAUCCCUGGUCUCUUCGCUGCUGGUGAGGUUGCUGGAGGUGUGCACGGUGCUAACCGUCUCGGUGGUUCCUCAUUGCUCGGAUGUGUCGUCUUCGGGCGGGUGUCUGGUGACUCUGCCGCUGCCUACCAGCUCCAGACAACAUCUGCUGCCAUCAAGAAGGCUGGCGGACGAUUGGGUGCCCUUGCAGGACAGCUCGGAUCAUCAUCAGCUGCCCCUGCCGCUGCUCCUGCUCCAUCAGCACCCGCCGCUGCACCCGCUGCUACUGCCUCGGGAGAAUACACUGUGGCCGAGGUUGCUAAGCACAACAAGAAGGAUGAUGUGUGGGUCAUCAUUGACGGUCAGGUCCUUGACGUUACCAAGUUCCUUCCUGAUCACCCUGGAGGCGAGAAGGCAAUUCUCCUGUACGCUGGUCGCGAUGCCACCGAGGAGUUCAACAUGCUGCAUGAUCCCAAGGUUAUUCCUCGAUAUGCGGCUGACUCUGUGAUCGGAAAGGUCAAGGCCUAA